AUGGAAUUAGAACAUCGUGUCAAAGCCUACAGAUUUGUGGCAUAUUCAGCUGUUACCUUCUCGGUAGUCGCUGUUUUGUCAGUAUGCGUUACCCUUCCAAUGGUUUAUAACUAUGUUCACCAUAUCAAGAGAACAAUGCACCAAGAAGUUCAAUUCUGCAAGGUAAAGUACUUUAGAAUUCAAUUCGAACAUAUUUACGUAUAAUUAUUUAGGGAUCUGCUAAGAACAUCUGGUCUGAGGUUAACACAUUGAGAACUGCUGGAAACAGAACCGCCCGUCAAGCUGGAUACGACUCAGGAGUCACUGGAGGAUCUGCUACCGCUGGAGGAAGUUGUGAUGAUUGCUGCUUGCCAGGAGCUGCGGGACCAGCUGGACAACCAGGAAAGCCAGGAAGACCAGGAAAGCCAGGAGCACCUGGACUCCCAGGAAACCCAGGACGCCCACCUCAGCAACCAUGCAAUCCAGUUACCCCACCACCUUGCCAACCUUGCCCUCAAGGACCACCAGGACCACCAGGACCACCAGGACCAGCCGGAGAUGUUGGAGCCAACGGAAACCCAGGAUCACCAGGACAAGACGGAGCCCCAGGACAACCAGGAAACAAGGGACCAGCUGGACCAAACGGAAACCCAGGACAACCAGGACAACCAGGAUCUCCAGGACCAGACGCUCAAUCCGAGCCAAUCGUUCCAGGACCACCAGGACCACCAGGGCCAGCUGGGCCACAAGGACCAGCCGGACAACCAGGAAACCCAGGACAAGACGGCCAACCAGGACAACCUGGACCAAAGGGACCAAAUGGAAAUCCAGGAUCUCCAGGACAAGACGGAAACCCAGGAAGCCCAGGAGAAGCUGGAACUCCAGGAGGUGUCGGAGAAAAGGGAAUCUGUCCAAAAUACUGCGCCAUCGACGGAGGAGUUUUCUUCGAGGAUGGAUCCCGCCGUUAA